GGCUGCAGACUGAAGUGUUCUCAUUUCUGCCAAGCUAGUAGCUUUGCGUCGUAUAUACACAGUGACGAUUGGAGAUGUUUUAUUCAGGGCUUCUCACAGAAGGCAGUAGGAAAGAGAUGGAAAUGCGAGAGACGGCUUCUCUGCGACAGCAACGGAGAACCAAGCAGGCAGUCCAGUUUAUGCACAAGGAUUCUGCAGAUUUGCUUCCUUUAGAUGGACUGAAGAAACUGGGCACCUCCAAGGAAACCCAACCACACAACAUUCUGCAGAGGCGGUUACUGGAAACGAAUUUCUCCAAGUUUCGAGGAAACAAUUGUGGAACAAGAAUCCCGAAUAACGGUAUCUCAGUGCAAAGCUAUGGGUUUCAUCAGGGCAGAGAGCAGAGCCUAACAACAAGCGAGGAAGAAGACCUGAUAUGUGUGUGCUGUAAGUGUGCUGGAAAGGAGAUCAAAAUUGUAAUUGACACAGGCUGCCGAUUCAACCUCAUUACUACAGCCUGCCUUGAUAGAUUUGGUCUGAAGGAACUUGUCAAGAUAAACGAGACUGAAGCAGAGACAAUCCCUUUCCCACAUAACUUAAAACCAGUGGGUCAGAUUGAAACGCUCCCUCUCAUGAUUGGGCAGCUAAAGGUGGACUGCUCAGCAGUUGUUGUGGAGAAUGAUGUUGAAUGUAUGUCUCUGGGGUUUAGAACAUUGCGAUCCCUGAAGUGUGUAAUAGACAUGAACAAGCGACACCUAGUUCUGGGCACACGGGAAAGGGAGCAAGUUCCAUUUUCUGAUAGUAAAAGUGAAAAUGAAAGCUCUCCUGAAGUGUGAAGGAUCUAAUCUUCUCAGCAAGUUAGAUAGCAUACGUUACCCGUGGCUGCCCAAUUCCUGUAAAUUUGACAGCUACUGUACAUGGGAGCUUAAUUAGAUUUUGCACAACCAGGGCAUGAAAUGGCUGGCUGCCUCCUUGACCUGACAAGCCCAGUUUUGAUCUAGGGAAGGUUAACUCCUCAAUUUGGCAUAAUUAAAUCAUAUAAUGUGGUCAUAACAUUUACAUAAAGUAGAAAUUUGAAGAACGUAGCUACCAAUGAGCCACAGAAAUGCACAACAUUUAAUAAUGACAAUGUCAGAUAAACUCUUUCAUGCCCUGUGAUGUGUCACAGUUUAGUGUGCUUAAACUGUGCAGUACAUUUCUCAAGAUCUCAAUGGUUAUGCUGCUUCUAGCAGUUUCUGCAGUUUUUAAAAUAUGUUCAUACAUUUUAAUGCAAGACUAUAUAUACGGUAUCAAUCAUACUAGCUAACUUAACUUUGAUAAGUAACAACUUUGCAGAUUAUAUGUGGCUUGUUUUAAACACCUUCAUUAAAGGUUACUGUUAAUUUGAUCAGAAUAAAAAUGAAGUGAAAACAAUUACACAUUUGCAAACAGUCUUUAAGUUUUAAUUAACACCAUUUCCAGAUUAUGAACAUGUAUCAUUCAUUGAAGUACUACAGACCUGUGUUAUUUACCUCUUGCUUAUCUUAUAGAUAGCUGGAAAUCCAUCUGUGCCCUAUGUUUUGCUAUGUCUUGUAGAGAUUAUGAAGAGCCAACAAGCACAACAUUGUUGUUGUAGACAAGGAUAUGGACCUGAGUGUAAAAAAAAAAACAAAACAUAUAUAUAUAUACUUUUACAAAAUGCCAAUAAAGUAGAAGAGUACAACAUUUUAAAUGUAAUUUGUGAGCAUAAUGUAGAAACAAUUUCACUGCUAUGUAGUAUUUACUGCUGCAGUCACCUUUUAGCUGUUCUUCAACAGAUUUUGUUUGAUGUCUUAAAAAUAAUACCAGCUCAACCUUUCCGACUAGUGCCUGUCCUUUUUAUUAUUUAGAGACUGUUAUUUACUUGAGUAUUAGGUGCUGUAUUUUAGUAGCAUUUGCGCAUGUGGCACUUUGUAUUAGUUUUAAUAGCAAUCUGUUUUUUUUUGUGAACUGCGUGCAUUUUGAUAGCCUAACUUUUAUGUUACAGAUUUGUGGUAAAUGUAGAUAUGUUGUUAUAAAAAAAAGUAGUUGUUUCUGUAUGAACCAAAGUGCAAUCGAAGGUCAGUUUACAAAUAUUUUUUACAUCUGUGAUAAUAGGUGAAUAUUUUUUCAGAGUUAGAUCAGCAGUAACAUGGGUCUUUGAUCUUUGUACGUAGCUGCCUAGUUUUUAACUUUCUAUUUAAAUGAAAGCAGUAUGAUUAUCAUUACUGUUCUAUACUGUUAUAAGGAGCCUGUAUAUUUGAAAUAAAAUACAUGUUUAGA